AUGGCCACUGCUACACCGCCCACUAAUUAUGCAAACAGUUUCGCGAACGUCGAGAUCGGAAACAUGAUUCAAUGCUCCGUCUGCAAGGUCAAAUGCUUCAAAGCAAGAUUUUCUCAAACCCAGCUGGCGAAAUAUCAAGAAGCACUUGCUAGAUACAAUCAUGGCCGUGGUCCAGAACCCGAGCUGCCCCGUUGCAGAAAAUGCACACCAGAGUCCAACUCGGAGUUGUACUGCGUCGGCUGUCGAAUGAGUAAGGAUUUGAGUUUCUUCUCCAAACAGCAGCGAAAGAAACCCGAUGACGCGAGAUGCUUGAACUGCCAGCAGGAGCUCGAAGAUCGUGUACCUUCCCUUGAGGCCGCCUUGGAAGAGGAACGCAUCAGAGACGAUGAACUCCGUGGCAAGCACAUAUCAGGCUCUGUGGUCUCGAGCAUUGCUGGCUCCGUCCUCAAUUCCCGGUCCCAGUCGCAAGGACAAUCAGCCAGCGCCAGCGGAAUCUUCAUGCCUAACGACCGCGACUCUGCUUGGGGAAAUGACGCAGCCUCUGCCCGCCCACCGUCGCCCACCGAGACUGAGCAUUCCAGCUCUCGCAGCACAACCAGCUACACCAACUCCACCUAUGCCAAUUCGGUUUCGAAGCACAGCUUUGCAAAGUUACCUGCAUACAACGCGCCAAUAAACACACGAGUCAUGGAACAACUUGAACGUGAGGAGAGGCAAAAGCAAGAAGCUCAGAUGGGCAACAGACAUGAUGAAUCUGAUGACGGCGAGGAAUGGGAAUUGUAA